AUGGCUUCUUACCACACUCGAUCUUUCAGUUUCCCCUCAAAUUCUCACCCAGUUGUUGAUGAGUUGGAUGCACAAUUGAGCAGAUUGAGAUCUUCUCAAGCUGCUUCAACUUCAUCCCUCACCAGCAAACUUAGCGGCCUAAAUGAUUUAUACAAGUGUGUUGAAGAGUUUCUUCAACUACCCCAAAAUCAGAAAACCGUAUCUCAAUCUCAAGGUGAAAAUGUAGUUGAGCAAGUGUUGGAUGGAUCUCUAAGACUACUUGACAUCGUUUCAACAUCUCGAGAUGUCUUGGCACUUUCAAAGGAAAGACUUCAAGACAUACAAUCAGUUCUUCGAAGAAGGUGUAAUGGUGAAAUUGACAUUACUAAUGAAGUCUCUGAGUACCUAAAAACACGUAAAGCAUCCAAGAAGAUUAUCAAGAAGUGUUUGAAAGAUAUCAAUGCAGUUGACAAAACUAACGAGUCUAUUGCCAUCGAGAGCAUGCUUAAAGAUGUGCAAGCAUUGACAGUUGAUAUCUUUAAGUCUUUGUUAUCCUACAUCAGCGGAUCACAGAAAAGUAGCUGGUCUUUCUCAAAACUUAUUCGCCAAGGAUCUGAGAAGGAAGCAGCAGCAUCCAUCAGCAUAUUUGAAGCUGUUGAUGCUACUCUUUGCCAGAAAAACAACAAUGUUGACAUGUCACAAUUGGUCAAAUUGGAAUCUGAAAUCCAAGAAAUUGAUCAAGAGCUUCAGAAAUAUGGUUGUAAGGGCAUGGAUAGUAAUUUAUUGUCUCCUAUAAUCAGGAUGGGGUUGAGGGCGACCGAUGUUGCUGUGCUUGGUGUUUUCUGCUUCCUCUCGAUAAAAUUGGGUGUAUUAUGGAACACAGACAGCGGUCAUGGAGUUUGCAGCGAAUACGCGUUAUGGUUGCAGCAAUUGGCAAACUUUUGA